AUGGUUGCUAUUUCCCAACUGCUAGCUGCGAUUCCCAACGUUACAUUUGUGUCGCCAAAUAUACUACAAAGUCAUGAUCAAACUCUCUUAAAACGAGCCACCUUUGAUGACACUUGUACAAGUGACCAAAAGGCUACUAUAGGCUUAGCAGCUUCUAACUGCCGUACCCUUGCUCAACAUGGAGCCGACGCUGCGAGAAAUGACCAAGAAAAAGUACUAUUGUACUUCAAAACCAGCAAUCCUAGGAGUAUACAAACUAUUGUCCAGACCUUCGACAAAGUCUACGAUGAAUGCAACGUUUCCGGCGGCGAGAAUACUAUAACCUGUUAUGACGACUGGAACGCUUGCUCAGAAAGAACAUUGGCUCACACAAUCAGACACAAGAAAAAAAUUACGAUAUGCCCGCUGUUCUUCACUUUGCCAGAAAUUGCCUCGUAUUACGGGGAAAGGUCGCAGGCCAAUGUUAUGCUACAUGAGGUUACACAUUUAAGGAGCGGUAAGAAGUUAUAUUCCACCUUUGGGGUUUAA